AUGAGCGCGGCGUCGACAUCGAGAGAGCCCAAGGCAUCGGCCGCAGGCAUCGUUCAGCGAGCUGAUACGCAGCAGAGGGUCAUCCCAGAGUCAAGAAGAGCGGACGGAUCAAUACGGAAAGAGCGGAAGGUGCGGCCUGGCUUCACCCCGGUGGAGGACGUGGUUCGCUAUCGCCCCGGGAGAGCAAGGGAAGCCGAAGAAGCUCGUAGACGAGCAGUUCCAGGAAGCGUACCAUCGCCCGCAGCUUCGACACCGGGCGCCUCUUCUUCCACAACAUCACCUGACUCACAAAGUGCCAUUCCUUCCGCCCUAGCCGAUACCACUCGGACAUCCCGUGCAGCAGCUUCGGCCACGAUUUCGCCGGGCAAAGACACAGCUCAACGGCCGCGCGGCAACUUCGCUCCGCUUGAGCCACAAAAGACACCAUCGAGGAAGGACGCAUCUUCCGACAAGAGUGCGACCGUCACAUCCGGGGCUUCCUCAUCCGAGGCGAAGCCUUGGCGCAACUCCCGACUGCGUAGACCAGUGCAGCCGACGCAGAGUCAGCAUUCGUCGGCUGAGCCGGACGCUCGUGAUCAAGACGAAGGAGACGCCAGCGACAAGUCCAAUCAGACAAAGGGGGAUUUGCCGUCAUCGAAGUCAAGUCCAUCCGCAGACGACUUGGCGGACGAGCUCGACUCGCUUCGCAUUGACAAGGGCAACGCGGCGCAAGGGAAGCCAAAUUGA